UUUUGUGCAAUCAAAACAUAGUUCAUGGCGUUUUAUCUUUCUACGUUCUAUAUUUCUUAGCAUGACUUGCACAAACUCAUCAAAAGGUGCAGCAGAUGUAAAAUAUUUAAAGAACUAUCUUCAAAAUAUAACGUGAAGUAAUUCUAAAAAUUCAACAUGCCUCAAGAAUCUAAAAAGAAUGCGAAACUUGCUCCCUUAUCGCCAUCGCCUUUGCUGGAUAUAUCUGAUGAUGAAUUGGUGAGUAUCUCGGUGCGAGAUUUAAACAGGCAAUUAAAGUUGAGAGGAUUGUCCAGAGAUGAGAUUGUUCGAAUGAAACAAAGAAGACGAACAUUGAAGAAUAGAGGAUAUGCUGCAUCUUGUCGAAUUAAAAGAAUUGAACAAAAAGAUGAACUAGAAACUGAGAAAACACAAGAGUGGAGAGAUUUGGAAGUUAUGAAGGACGAACUUAUUCACAUGAGGGAAGAAAUGUCUGGAAUGACUAGUCGUUAUGAAGCACUGAAGCAAUUUGCUAUUAGCAAUAAAAUUCCCAUUCCACCAGACCUAGAACAUUUUUAACAUUUGAUUUAUAUCACAUGAGAAAUGUUUAGCUUUAUUAUAAUGACUCGAGACAAAAGUAAAGAAUAGCUUUUUAGAGAAUACUAUUAAAGUAUUAAUAUACAUUUUUUAUAUAUCUUGAAAUUACAAUGUGAAUUUCAAAAUGUAUAUUCAUAAAAUACUAUAAUUCCAGCAGUUUGAACGGAUAUGUGGAGUAAUAAAAGUAGUUGAAAAACUU